ACACUUCCUCAGAAGUCUUUACUGAAUACCUGCACUGGAGGAGACCCCUUUUCCUCUGUUUUCGUAAGUCACUUCCAUCAGAGUCACAUUGCUCCGUCGGUUCCAGCACUGCAUACGCUGAUUUUCUCUGCCAGCAAUGGCGACGCCACGCCUUGGUCGGUGCAAGAUUGGUUCACGCAAAUGCAGAUCUCCAUUAGCAGCUGCUGCCAGCCAACAUUGGCUGCUUUACUUCACUACUAGUUUCUGGCGAUCCAGUCUUCUUCGAGCUGCAGACUCCUACCCUAGCGGCUAUUGCGACUGUACUCUUCGCUCUUGGGAUCCAUGAUCAGACAAGCCAUCCUCAGUCAUUUCGCGCUCGUAAUAUCGACGGACAGAGUCUUCGCAACCCUUCCGUGUCGAAUAAAACGGAUUUUUUUGCAGGCAGACUGACGCAGCCUGAGUUCUGUUUGUGACGCAGUAACCCUUACUCAUAACGCAGCAUUAUAUAACGCCCGGAAACGACAACCCUAACUCGGAAGCUCUCAUUGACCAUCAAUUGAAGAAAAUAAACCCCUUCACGAAACUCCUCAUGAUGGGAAGUGCGACGAGUCGUCGCGUGAUUCGCGGCGGCAAUCUCGAGGGAGGGCUGGCUCCGGCUACUAAAUUUCUCGCACUGCUUCUUCACGUGGGGAUGUCUUGCUGGCAUUUCAGCCCGCACAUGACGGCGGCAAACGCGCAAAUGCUGGACAAUUCACAAGCAUUUGCUUUGGAGCAGAUACUGCUGGAGUGGGGCGUUGAAUCUUUCGGAGGAGCAUCUGGAUGGGAUUGCAAGAACGCCACGUGGCUCUCAUGCACAGCGGAUGGCUUCGUUACUGGCAUGUCCAUCACUGACACGCCCAUCACGGGAUCUCUUCCAGACGCCAUUAGCGCCCUCUCCUACCUCACAGCACUCACCAUCCGCAACACCACCCUUGCCGGGCCCCUCCCUUCCGCACUACAGUCCCUCUCAGCCCUCCAAUUCCUCUCCAUGCCCUACAACAAGUUCGCUGGCACCAUUCCUGAGUACCUUGGUUCGCUCUCCAAGCUCUCCUUCUUGGAUGUGUUCUCCAACGCCUUUGAAGGGCCCAUCCCAGACACGCUCACUCUGCUCACAGACCUUGUCCUGCUCAAGAUUGGCAACUGGCAUCUCAAUGGGUCCAUUCCAGGCGACCUUGGCAGCCUCAGGGCCCUCACUUUCCUUGAGCUGCAAGGCGCGGAGAUGGACGGGCCAUUCCCAGAGUCCAUCACCAAACUCACCAAUCUGGAGCUCCUCCACUUGGGCCUGACAGGGCUGCAUGGCUCCCUACCGGAUGGGAUUGGAGAUCUGACCAAGCUAAGCAAUUUUGGCGUGCAUCGGAACCGUCUCUCUGGACCCAUACCCUCCACUCUCGGCCGAUUGACUGCAGUCGUACGAUUUGAGCUCGACGACAACAGCUUCAACGGAACCAUACCGGCAACUCUUGGCGACCUCACCCUCGUAACCAAAUUCAAUCUGAGUGCCAAUCACCUGACUGGCCCGGUUCCCGAAUCCCUCGCUAACCUCACUCAAGCCACUGUCCUGGACUUUUCCAAGAACCCCCUCAACGGCUCUCUUCCUCCCUCGCUGGGUGCAUUAAUCAGCGUGGCGAAUAUCUCCCUCUACGGCACCUGGCUCGAGUGCCCCGCCAACCAGCCCUGUGGAGUUGACCAGUCUCCCCACUCCGCUUUCUGCCAGCUCUGCUCCGGCUUCUGCAGACUCUGCAGCUCCUACACUGCCGACGUCUGCAGCACAUUCCCUGUCAACCCCUGCGGUGUCGGUACUUGUGUUUCCGGGGGCAACACCAGCAGCGGCGGCAGCAGCAGCAGCCGAAGUGUCAGAAGCAGCAGCAGAGGUAUAAGGGCCAUAAGCAGCAGCAGCAGCAGCAGUGGCAGCAUACGGGCCAGCAGUAGCGGUGGUAUCAGGGGCAUCAGCAGUAGUGCUACCCCUGCCGACUACUCAUGCUCCUGCCCUGCAACCACCUCUCCUGGCCUUCUCCCUGAUGGCAACGCCACCUCUCCCCCUUCUUCCUCUCCUCCUCCUCCCUCCUCCUCAUCCUCCUCCCCGCCACUCGGAAUGAUCAUUGGGGUAGCAGUCGGAGGAGGGGCCCUUAUCGUCGCUUGUCUCGCCCUUGUCUUCAUCCUCCUUAAGGGAAGGCCCGCUACAGCACACAAUUCAGCUGUCCCCGGCAUGUUCCGCUGCUACAGCCUGGCAGAGGUGCUACAGGCGACUGACAACUGGGCGAGCUACAACCACCUGGGCAGCGGGGGCUAUGGGGACGUGUACAAGGGGGUGCCGCCCUGCGCUAGGGAGGGGGGAGGAGGUGCGGGGGCUAUUGGGGGAGCAGGGAGGGGAUCAGGGAGGGGAGCAGGAAAGACAGCUGGUGAGGGGGAAGUUGGGAUUACAGUGGAGGCGGGGGAGCCAAAAGUGUGGGCCGUGAAGCGCGCCAAGAUACGCACCAACGACUUCCACAAGGAGGUCCAGCUGAUGGCCAGCAAGCACCACCCGCACCUGGUGCGCCUGCUGGGGUACUGUGAAACGACUGACGCCAAGACACACGAGCAGGAGCAGAUCAUCAUCUACGAGUUCAUGGCAAAUGGCGACCUGGAGCGCGUAUUGAACAACCUCUCGACGAGGCCCAUCAGCCUGCAGCAGCGGCUGGAGAUGAUGAUCGGAGCAGCCAGGGGCCUGGAGUACCUGCACAGCUUCUCCAUGGUGCAUCGGGACGUGAAGCCGGCGAAUAUACUGCUGGAUGGCAACUGGAAGGCCAAGAUUGCUGACUUCGGGCUGACAAAGAUGGGCGAGGGCAAUGCCUACAACCCGCAGGAUUCAACUCGAGUGCUCGGCACCCCGGGAUACGUGGACCCUGUGUAUGGGCGCACGCGCAAGGCCACCCCUGCCAACGAUGUCUUCAGCUUUGGCAUUGUGAUGCUUGAGCUCCUGACGGGCCGCAGAGCCAUCAUGGUGCUCUCUGGCAAUGACGACCCGAUCAACAUAAGCAAAUGGGCUGCCCCGUUAGUGGAGCAAGGCAAUGUGGCUGCCUUCAAGGAUCCGAAUCUCGAUGCUCCUGAUGACGUCGUUCUGCGCCUCGCACUCCUUGCUGUGAAAUGCACUGCCAUGCCGGCCGUGUCCCGGCCUCGAAUGGUGAAGAUAGUUGCGGAUCUUGAAGGGAUCAAGGAGGAGCUGUUUAAGAACGGGACUAUGCUGAUGGAAAACGAGCAUGAAGGACAUGUGCAGUCCUUGACUCAAGUCCUCUCACAGGUGGAGGUGAUUGUGAGUGCAAAUGCCAAAUCUAGUGACGAGUCUACUUGAGGAGCCAGUGGUGAUCGCCAACCUUCAGUUAUUACUCAUGCUAAUGCUACAAUGGUACUUGUUGCCAUUUAUCUGUUGAAGUGGGGAUAUUAUGCUGGGUUGCAGACCUCGUUUGCCCGUCAUGCGGUUUUGAGUUCUUCCAAAAAGGUAUCAUAUUUCUGCUGUGGGGUCAUAGGAGCGAUUAAUGUAAAUCUGUCUAGAGAUUGUAGCUU